AUGCGUCCUACUAUCGCAGUUGGUCUCAUCCUUGCUUCAUGGUCCAGCGUCGCUGCGGCUGACGACAGCAAUGUCAGGGGUAUCAUCUACACCGAGGAGAAUGGCGGCGGAACUUCGUUCAAAAUCCGCUCAUCGAACUGCAUUCGACUCAGAAGUCCCUUAACUGGGAAUGUCCGGUCCCUCGACGUGACGCUGUUCCAGGAGUGCACACUCUACUAUGAGCGCCGAUGUGAUAGCGACGUCAAGCAUGUCGAGUUCCUAGACGACCAAGAGAAAAUUCAGGAUCCGGCAGUCGAGGCAAUCAGAUGCACCAAUGUCGAUGCCGACUGUGUUGGAGGGCGCGGACAGGAACUCUAA